GGAUUUCAAUUUAUGUAAAAAUUUUAUAAGAAACUAUCGACAACAAAAUAAUAUUUAUCAUCAAAAAGAAAAAAAAAUUAACGGUUCGAUACAAUGGAGUUGAUACCGUUAUCACCUCAACCAUAUCGGCCAUGUUUAUUAUUGAAGUGGACAUCAGCUAGCAUACUGUUAGAUUGUGCCGUUGAUAUGGAUGCCCUUUCAUCAUUCCUUCCAGCUGCAAUUUGUAAAAGUAAACUUUUUUCAAACUUACCAAUGUAUCCAAAAAAUGAGCCGAAGUAUUGUCUUAAACGAUAUGGCGAGCAUGUUCUUGUUGAUGGACCAUUUGAAGUACAUCCUGCACAGAUUUGUUCUACACUAAUGAAUUCUGUAGAUGCAAUAUUGGUGUCAAAUUGGAUGUCUCUUCUUGCGCUGCCAUUUUUUACGGAAGAAACAAAUUUCAGCGGUGUUAUUUAUGCAACUGAUCCAACACUUCAACUUGGAAGAUUAGUAAUGGAAGAAUUACUGGAUUUCUUUGAUCGAGUUGAUCGAGAGGAGUGGGACUAUUCAUGGAAGAAACCAGGAUUGUUCAUGAGUUUCCCUAAUGUUCCAGCAAGUGAUCCACGUGAAUGGAGGCCAUUUUACAGUCGUGAACAAAUGGAAAAUUGCUUGGCAAAAGUACAACGAGUAUCAUUUCGAGAACCUAUUAACAUUCACGGUGCUGCAACGGUUGCGGCAUAUUCAAGUGGUUAUUCAAUAGGAUCAUGUAACUGGAUUGUUCGUACUGAACAUGAAAAAAUAGGCUAUUUAUCAGCAACAUCCUCAAGAAAUUCACAUACAAAACCGGUUCAAUGGGAUCAACUUCGUGGUUGCGAUGCUCUUAUAUUGACUUCUAUUUGUCGCUUUCCAGAACACAGCCCUGAGACAUCGGUGUGCCACGCGUUUGCUGUUAUCGCCGAUACACUUAAGAGAAAUGGUUCUGUGUUGAUGCCAAUUUGCCCAACGGGUGUACUGUAUGAUUUGCUUGAAGUUAUUUCGAUGCAGUUAGAUCAGCACGAUGUACCAGUAGAUGUUCCCGUAUAUUUCAUUUCACCGGUUGCUGAAAGUACCUUAGCAUAUUCAAAUAUUUAUGCUGAAUGGUUAUCGGAAAAGAAGCAAAAUAUGGUGAAUAUACCGGAAGAGCCAUUUAAACAUGGAUUGACAACGAGAAAUGGUCGAUUAAAAGUUUACGAUAAUAUUUACGGUGAUUUCUGUCGACAAAUGCGAACUCCAUGUGUUAUUUUCACUGGACAUCCUUCGUUACGGAUUGGCAAUGCUGUACAUUUUUUGGAAAUGUGGGGGAAUGAUUCAAAGAAUGCACUGAUUAUGACAGAUCCAGAUUAUCCAAUCCAAAAUGUAUAUGGACCAUAUGAAAAACUUUCAAUACGUGCCUUUUUCUUUCCAAUUGAAACAAGGCUGGAUUUUUCACAGCUUAAUCCUUCAAUACUGCCGGAUCUAGCUCCAAAGCUUUUAGUUAUGCCUGAAAAUGCGCGGGCUACUUUUCGUUAUGGUGAUACCUUUACGAUACCUUCGACAACAAAAACAAAGCGAGUUCGCUUACAUCCAGACACUCUUCGAACUAUUGAGUUGCAUGGACAUCGUGAUCAUAGUGAUAUUGGACUUUCGUCACUUAAGGGAGUUCUUUCGGUGUAUGAUAAUAUUUUGGAACUUAAUCCGGAUACGGGAACGAAAAUACGGAAUGUUUGUGUUGGGAAACUUCAUCCCGAAAUAUUUGCUCAAACUUUAGGAAAAUUUGGAUUAAGAGGAAUAUUUCUGCACUAUGUUUCUCAUAAGACAUUGUUGUGA